ACAACAAUCCACCGUGUUUCUCAUUUUCUUCCAACUUUCAAACCCUAAAACCUCGAUUUUAAAUCCUUACCUGAAUUCUAAUUUCCAUGGCGCCAAAGGCAGAGAAAAAGCCCGCCGAGAAGAAGCCAGCGGAGGAGAAGAAAACCCCCGCCGCUGAGAAAGCACCGGCAGAGAAGAAGCCAAAGGCAGGAAAGAAACUGCCCAAGGAGGCCGGCGCUGCGGCCGGAGACAAGAAGAGGAAGAGAAACAAGAAGAGCGUCGAGACGUACAAGAUCUACAUCUUCAAGGUUUUGAAGCAGGUUCACCCCGACAUCGGUAUCUCAAGCAAAGCGAUGGGAAUCAUGAACAGUUUCAUCAACGAUAUUUUCGAGAAAUUGGCGCAGGAGAGUUCCAAGCUCGCAAGGUACAACAAGAAGCCAACGAUCACAUCCAGGGAGAUCCAAACUGCUGUUAGACUUGUACUUCCCGGUGAAUUGGCCAAACAUGCGGUGUCCGAGGGCACUAAGGCCGUGACCAAAUUCACAAGCUCUUGAGCAACUGGUACUCCCUGUUAAUCGUUUGUAUCAAUGAUUUCGUGUUCUAGGCUAGGGUUAGAUCGUCAUAUCUCGUGAUGACUAUGUAGGAGCUAUGUUUUUAAACUGUAUUCAUUUGACUUUUGUAACGGAUAGUGAUUAAUGUUAUGAAUAUCGAUAUCGUUUCUUCA